UAAUAUUUGACCCCCUACAUCAGACACAAUAAGCGUUCAGCGGGGAGGGCGAGGCAGAACAAACGGCACAGAAAAAAAAAUCGGUGGAAGUGAAUCGUGAAAUCGUGCUCCAGUUCUAGAACGCAAGCAACGUAGCGCCGGUAUGAUGUGGUGCAGCAGCACGCGGCACCGGAUGGCAGCAGGCGGUGGUGAUGUUGUGUACUAAAAAGGGUGUUCUAAAACGUGCGUGGAACCGCGCCUGCCGUGAAGUGAAACGUGGCAAGAAAAAAGUGCCCCCCAAAACCCCAUUAUUUUAUCCAUCUCCUUUCCUCUACCUAUAAAUCGAGUGUUUGUACGUGUGCCCGGGUGUCCGGGUGUGUCGAAUAGCCGCGCGGAGGGCACCGGAAAGUGUUAUGAUUGCUGCGGUUCAGGAAAUGUAGAAAGCGGAUCCGGAAUACUGAAACACGCCCGGGACCGGGGAUCCCGCAGGUGCUGUUUGAUGCUGGGCAACCGCCUGCGUGUGCUUGUGUGCGUGAGGAGUGAAUGUGUGCUGGAAAAGAAGCAAAAUAAUAAUUAAUAUAAAAGAAAGAGCGAGAGAGAAAGCGACAAAACCGGAAAUCAGUCGGUGCGUUGGCAAAAGUGCACCGCAAAACGUCAUUUCGUGGCAAAAUCGGUGGCUCUGUGUCCGUGUCCCCGUGUCCCCGUGUCCCAGUCUCUCAGCAGCAUUGAUCCGGCGUAAUCGACCGGAAGAGCGAAACGAGCCGGUGGCGCGGUGGCGCGGUGAGCCAGCGCCGGUAAUCAUGAUGGCGGCGGCGGCGGUGGCCAGGAGACGGCCAACGGGAGCAACCAUCAGCAGGGAGAACAGGCUGGUGUGGUGGACCGCUUCGGUGCUGCUGAUAAUUAGCAGUUUAUAUAAUCCGUCAGUGGAAGCACAACAGAGACCGAAAAUUACGGAACACCCAAAGGAUGCGGUCGCAGCAAAGGACGAACCGCUGACGCUCAACUGCAAAGCGACAGGACGGCCACCGCCCGAUUUCAUCUGGUACCAGAACGGGGUACCGCUUUCGCAAUCCGAUCGUCGCGUCAUCCUCCCCGAAGGUUCACUUUUCUUCCUCAGAGUGACCCAGAACAAGCGGGAACAGGAUGCCGGUGUGUAUCACUGUGAGGCCCGCAACUCGGCCGGUGUCGCCAUCAGCGAGAACGCAACGCUUCAGAUCGCGAUCCUGCGGGAUGAUUUCCGUCUUGUGCCGAAAGAUACGGUCGCCCUGGUUGGUGGUCCGGUGAUCCUCAACUGUACACCACCCCGUGGCAUUCCGGAACCAUCGGUACUGUGGAUUAAGGAUGGCAAGAUACUGGACAUCAACGGGAAACACCAUUCGCUGGUCGAUUCCGGCAGUUUGCUCAUCUCGGAGAUACAACCGAGUGAUUCGGGACGGUACGAAUGUUCGGCACAGAGUAUGGCCGGUACGAAGACAACUCCGCCGGCCUACCUGAAGGUGCUGGCACCACCAACCAUCGUCAAGAGUCCACACGAUACGGAGGUGCUGGAGGGUGAAGGGUUCGAUCUGCCCUGUGGACUGACCGGUGAUCCGAAACCGAUCGUUACGUGGCGCAAAGAGAGUGGCCGGUUGCCCGAGGGUCGUUCGCGUAAACUGCUCGACAAUACGCUCCGGAUCGAGGAUGCCCGGCAGGAGGACGAGGGCAAAUACUUCUGUGAGGGUCACAACGAAGGUGGCAAUGUGACGAUCUCGGUGUAUCUGUAUGUGUACGAGGCACCCACGUUUAUGGAGGCACCGGUGGAUGUGGUCAUACGGGAGGGUGAAUCCAUUACCUUGCCCUGCCGAGCGAAAGGACGGCCCGGGGUGCGCAUUUUCUGGGAUCGAAUCGAUCGAAAGCAUGUCGAUAAUAGUGAGCGUGAGGGAGCACAAGACGCAGGCCUGCACGGUGGUGCCAUUGGUGAAGAGCAUCACGAUGGAGGUGGAUCGCCAGGAUCGCUGGAUGGGAGUCACAGUCGACGGAGGCGAUUCGCAUUCGCUCCUGAUCUUCCUUCGGUUGCUUCGUUCGUGUCGAAUAGCAGUGAAGGAGGCAAUUGGUCCAUCAAGAUCCUACCAAUCUCGGAACGACAACUGCAGCGUCAGUAUCCUUCCCGUUUGGUCGCACUACGGAAUGAAGUUGAGCAGAAGCAUCGAUUGCUUCUUCGCAGUCGUCGUAAUGCCGCAUCCCAUGAGGAUGCUGGUGAACAACAGCAGCAACAACAGGAGCAGGGAGAGGGUGCAGGCAUGUCAACGGCAGCCACUCCUGGCCACUCUUCGACGGCUCAUCCACCGAGCAGCAGCGUGAUCGAGUUUGAAGAGAAUGGUGGUCUCACGCUGAAGCAGGUAUCGAAAGGGGACGAAGGUUGGUACGCUUGUGCGGCCAUUAACGAGGCCGGUAGCAUCGUGAAGAAGAUCCACAUCAAGGUGCUGGACGCGGAAGAACCGGUGGACGCACGGAAGGACCAGAUACCGGCGUAUGAGCAGCA